AGUCGGCCUAUAUAUGGUGGGAAUUUCAGUUUACGCAAGAUAAGCAGAUAAAGAUAAAUUAAACAUAGGCAAUUAGUAUUAUAGUGACUCAAAUCAAAGCCUAUUGCUCUUCAAUAACUGCCAUAUUCAUGCGCAAGUUCACUGCCCUUGCCCUUGGAACAGGCGCCGGUUUGGUGGCCUAUUAUUACCAGCGGUUAUGCGAUCCACAAAAAGUGGUUCACAACUCCUGGACGAACAGCGAAAAGCCCAUAAAUGAGUAUGCCCUCUGGGACAGCAACUGGGAUUUUCGUGACCCGAAGAGUUUGGUGCGACCGCAGAAAACCGAAUUGCCGCAAGAGCAAAAUCGGUACAACAGCGAGCUAGAGAAAGCCGUGCCCAAGAGUGCGCGCCAUAUCAUCCUUGUAAGGCACGGAGAGUACCUGGAUGUGGGUAAUACGGAUGAAACGCAUCAUUUAACGGAACGCGGUAGACUCCAGGCUAAAUAUACGGGUAAACGACUCCGAGAUCUAGGCAUCAAAUGGGAUAAAGUUAUUGCAUCUACAAUGGUGCGUGCGCAGGAAACAGCGAGUAUAAUAAUCAAAGAGAUUGACUUUGAUAUGAACAAUGUCAAACAUUGCGCUUUCCUGCGAGAAGGAGCGCCCAUUCCGCCACAGCCCCCAGUGGGUCAUUGGCGUCCCGAAGCUUCGCAGUUUUAUCGCGAUGGUGCACGCAUUGAGGCAGCCUUUCGUCGCUAUUUUCAUCGCGCCUAUCCCGACCAAGAAAAGGACAGCUAUACAUUAAUUGUAGGACAUGGCAAUGUGAUACGCUACUUUGUGUGUCGUGCCCUUCAGUUUCCACCAGAGGCGUGGCUUCGGAUUAGUAUCAACCAUGCCUCCAUCACAUGGCUGACGAUCAGCGCGUCUGGCAAUGUGACUAUCAAAUAUUUGGGCGAUUCGGGUUAUAUGCCGGUCAAUUAUCUGACCCAUCGCAUACCACGCGACGCCAAGGGUGUUGUGUAGACAACCAGCCGCCAUCCCCCACCUCUAUGUAAGAUGAAAGAGAACCAAGUAAAGCAGCGUAGCUGGCAAUUUUGCAUUUAUCCUA